GCAGCAGUGCUGGGAGACCAGAGGUGCUGGGGAUGGCAGCCCAGUGCUCCGAGGGCCUGGAGGAGCACCUGGGUGGGUGCGAUAGACUCCAGAGUGGCAGAUAGAGCCGUGCUGAGUCACAGCUGAGAGGCCCUAGCGCUUCCUCCCCUUGCUGGCGGGUCCUGGCGUGCACCCCAUUGCUCCUCCCUUCAGCAAAGGAAGGAAAGUGUGAGCUCCAGCCCUCAGCGGAGCAAGAGCAGCCCAGCGGCCCGAGGCACCAGCCCUCGGAAAGCCUUUCCCAUCAGAGCUCUGCAGGGCACAGAUCGACUCGCCACCGCGGCCAGCGCUGGUCCCGCUGCUGGGAUGGACGGUCGGCAGCACAGCCCCACCAAGGAGCCCGAGAUCGAGCUGUUCGUGAAGGCUGGUCUGGAUGGAGAAAACAUUGGAAACUGCCCCUUCUGCCAGCGCCUCUUCAUGGUGCUCUGGCUCAAAGGGGUCAAGUUCAAUGUCACCACUGUGGACAUGACCAGGAAACCUGAAGAGUUGAAAGAUUUAGCACCAGGCACCAACCCACCCUUCUUGCUGUUCAACAAGGAGCUGAAAACAGACUUCAUCAAGAUUGAGGAGUUCCUGGAGCAGACCCUGUGUCCACCCACGUAUCCACACCUGAGCCCCAAGUACAAGGAGUCCUUUGAUGUGGGCAGUGACAUCUUUGCCAAGUUCUCGGCAUACAUCAAGAACCCGCGCAAAGAAGCCAAUAUCAAUUUUGAGAAGGCCCUGCUGCGGGAGUUUCAGCGCCUGGAUGUUUACCUGAACACGCCUCUCCCAGAGGAGAUUGACCAGGAUAGUGUGGAGGACAUCACCAUCUCCAAGAGGAAAUUCCUGGAUGGAGACCAUCUGACUCUGGCUGAUUGCAACCUCCUGCCCAAGCUGCACAUCAUCAAGAUUGCAGCCAAAAAGUACCGUGACUUCGAGAUCCCAGAGGACAUGACGGGCGUCUGGCGGUACCUGAACAACGCCUAUGCCUGUGAUGAGUUCAACCACACCUGUCCUGCAGACGAGGAGAUCGAGCACACAUAUGCCAGUGUUGCCAGGAAGAUGACCUAAGCACAGGGUGGGCUGGGCUGGCAGCACUGCCCUGGCUGAGCCCUCCAACUCUGCAGUCCUGACACAACCAAAACCGGCCGGUGGAGAGCCUGGAGAGGGUUUACAACAUUUGCUUUCAGGCACAGCACCUUGCUUCACAGCCCCUGCCACUGCCUCCUCCUUCUGUGCUGCUGGCUGAGACCCCCAGGCACCAGCAGUGCUGACCACAUGUAAACACUGCUCCCAUCCGGAUGUAGCUGCAUCCCUACUCCCCAAAAAUGUUUCUCACAGCCUGUGACUGUGUGUCAUGGGAAAAGCUGAGCACCAGCCUCCUGCAGUAGUGCUUUCUCAUCAUGAGAUGACAUCCCCAAAUGGCUAAGCCAGCCCAGCCUCCCCAUCCCCAUCUGUCAGCCCUGUGUGGUCCCAGCCAUCCUGUGCUUGUCGUGGGAUCCCUGGGCCGGAGCUGUUUGCGUUUGCCUGUUGCCAACCUGCUCAGCACCUGGGGCUGGCAUUUGGGCAGCCCUCUCUUCCAAGACAUCAGCUCCCUCUGAAGAUAUGCAAAGGCUUUGCCUUGGCAGCUCAUCCCAGUGAAAAAUUGUGCUCACUGCUGAGGGCUGUGACGUGGGUCUGACUCCCCACAGGACAUGGGGGUAGGUGGGUGCUGGGAGUGAUGCCUGGAGCAGCAGUGCCAGGACCAGCUAUGGGAGGAAACAAAGGGUUGGGGAUCUGCACAGGGCCUGAGGAUGAAGGAUCAGGGCAUCCCUCCCACGACUGCCAGCACCCAUGUGCUGCUGGCUCAAGGAGCUGCACGGCUCCUCCUGGCUCAGAAGCCUCUGUGCCUUGCAGAGCCCUGCAGAGGGUGCAGCCAUGCUCUAGCUCCAUACCCCCUAGUUCCCACCAACACUUCUGGCACCUGAGGCUGGGAGCAGCCACAGGGUAGGGCACACGUUCAGUUUCCACACUGGGAAGCCAAGGAGAACAGACAGCAGCUGUUUGACAAAGUGCUGUGUCUGUGGAAAGGUGUGGGCAGUGCCCCUUGGCUCAGCGUGCCUUCACGCCAAAGCUGCUCUGCACAGCCAUACAUCCCGUGUUCCCCCUCUGACACUUCCAGCUCCCCCAGGACUCCCACCAGACCUUGAGAAUUCGGCCAGCCCUCCCCAGCCUGCCCCAGGGUGAAUCAAUACUGUACAGUGGGCAUGGUGGGUUCUGUGGGAACUGAAGCGAGCAGAGCCCCCUCAGCCCUCACUGCCACUUUCCUCUUUGCACUAAAGGUGUGUCCUCGCAAGGCCCCACAUAGUACUGGGUUUGGGGACUGGGUUUGUUACUGAUGGGUUUUGGUUUGUUGGGUUUUUAUAAACUAAGAAUAACAAUAAACUAUAUUUUAAUAUGCC